AAUAGAGGCACGCUGAGAGGAAGGAGUUUGGAAAUGGUGGAGGAGUUGCAGAGGAGAAUGGUUGACGUGGCUGCAUUACAGGAAAUCAGAUGGAAGGGAGAGGGUACAAGGUUUGUAGGGGCUAAAGGUGGAAGGUAUAACUGGUAUUUAGGAGCAGAACGUGUUAAAAAUGGUGUUGGAAUUUUUGUCAGAAAACCGCUAGCCCAAGAAGUACUGGAUAUUAAAAGGAUUAAUUCACGUCUCAUGUGGAUCAAGUUUCGCAUAGAAAAGCAAACAAUGAUUAUUUUUUCUGCAUACGCUCCACAGACAGGCAAAUCAAAAGAGAUGAAAAAUAACUUCUGGACUGCAUUCUCUGACACCAUCUCAACAAUACCAAAAUCUGAAUCAAUCCUGAUUGGAGGAGAUCUCAAUGGCCACGUUGGAGAGAAAACAGAUGGUUUAGUCAACGUACAUGGCGGUUUUGGCUAUGGAGAUCGAAAUGAAGAUGUUAUACCUGGCGAAUCAUGUGUCGCCCAACAUAGACUCCUUGUGGCAGAAUUGGUUGUCGAACUGUCAAACAUAAGUCUAAACAAAUGCCUUGGAGAAUCUAACCGUGGAAGCUGA